AUGAGAGCCACAAAGACCGCCUCCCACGUGGCUGCUGCCAAGUCGAUUGUGCAUAAUCAGGGCGCAAAUCGCUCAUUGGCUUCAUCUCUCCGGAGCCUCAAUGGCUCUUCCUCUUCCUCUAUCAUCUUCACCCACUCUUCCUGUUCGAAUCACACUCACUGCGGUAUCCGCAACCACUCCACCGUCUCAUCAUUCACCGCAGCGACGCGCAAGGAGGAAGAUCUCUAUGAGACGUUGGGCGUACCGCGUACGGCCUCUGCCGAUGAGAUCAAGAGGCAGUACUACAAGCUCGCCAUGCAGUAUCACCCCGACAGGAACAAGGGAGACAAGAAGGCCGAAGAGAAGCUGCAGAAGAUUAACGCUGCCUACACCGUGCUCAAGGACGAGGACAAGAGGCGGCAGUACGAUCAGUUCGGAUCGGCGGCGUUCGAUGGGUCCGGCGGUGGCGGCUUCGAGGGCUUCGACCCCAACGACAUCCCUGUGGACAUGCGCGACAUCUUUGAGGGCAUCUUCUCGGGCUUCGGUGGCGGUGGCGGCAGGAGGGCUAAGACUAAGGGUGACGACGUGGAGGUCCCGCUGCGAAUCAACUUCCACGAGGCUGUGAAUGGCUGCGAGAAGGAUAUCUCCUACAUGGGCAAGCUCCCGUGCCCCACUUGCCACGGUUCCGGUGCUGCGGCUGGCUCAAAGGCCAAGAAGUGCCCUCGUUGCAACGGUCAGGGCAUUGAGCAAAUCGCACACGGCUUCAUCCCGAUCGCCACGCAGUGCCGACAGUGCGGAGGCGAGGGCACCAUCAUCUCGGACCCGUGCGGCACGUGCAAGGGUCAGGGCAUCAUCUCGGGCAACCGAAAAAUUCAAGUCAAGAUCCCAGCGGGCGUGGACGACGGCGCCAACAUUCGUCUCGUCGGCCAGGGCGACGCUGGCAUGAAGGGAGGCAAGCCUGGCAACCUCUUCCUCCGCGUGCACGUCUCGCCGGACAAGGUGUUCAAGCGCGACGGCGUCAACGUCCACACGGACAUUCCCGUGACCCUGGCGCAGGCCGUUUUGGGCGGUACCGUCAAGGUCCCCACGCUGUCCGGCGCCGAGGUGGAGAUCAAGGUGCCUCCGGGCACGCAGCCCGAGGAGAAGCGCGUGCUGAGGAACCAGGGCGUGUCCGCCGUGGGCCAGCCCGGCACCAAGGGCCACCACUACAUCCACUUCAAGGUGGAGAUCCCCACCAAACUGACGCCGAAGCAGAAGGAGCUGAUGGAGGAGUGGCAAAAGGAGGAGGAGCAGAGCGGCGGCAUCGCCGACAAGCUGAAGGGCUACUUCAAGUCCUAA